AUGCCUGCCUCCGUCCACGCCGAAGAGCCGCAAGAGGUCGACCAGUCCAUGCUCGACGCUGAGCCUGAGGUCGACCCCAUCAUGCUAGAGGAGAAGCGCGUCAUCGUGCUCCCCGGUUCCUCUGAAACAUCCGCCUCGUUUCAGUUCGAAAAUGAAGGCCACACCAUGGGCAAUGCCUUGCGAUACGCCAUUAUGAAGAAUCCCGCCGUCGAGUUCUGCGGAUAUACCAUCCCCCACCCCUCCGACCCAAAAAUGCACCUCCGCAUCCAGACAACUGAUAACACGACCGCACUGGAAGCGUUGGAAAAGGGCUUCAGCGACCUGAUGGACCUCUGCGACGUUGUUACGGAGAAAUUCACCGAUGCGAGGGAUCAAUUUAAUGAGGAGAAUGCCAAUCGCAUGCAAUCUUGA